AUGUCAGCAUUGGACAUUAAGAAGGUUACUGAGUUCUCAAACAACGCAUGGGAGAACACCAUCAUCCCAACUCUGUCAAAGUACAUUGAGAUCCCAAACCAAUCUCCACUCUACGACAGUGAGUGGGCAACCAAUGGUUACACCGAGCAGGCUAUCAAGUUGUUGGCCGACUGGGUAUUGGCUCAGAAUGUGCCAGGUCUCUCUUGUGAGAUCAAGCGUAUUGAGGGAAUCUCCCCAAUCAUCUUGGCUAUCGUUGAGCCAACCAAGACCAACCCAAAGAACGUCUUGUUGUACGGACACAUGGACAAGCAGCCACCCUUAACCGACGACUGGGCAGAGGGACUCCACCCAUACAAGGCUGUCAUCAAGAACAAGCGUCUUUAUGGACGUGGUGGUGCCGAUGAUGGAUACUCAACCUUUGGUUCCAUUGCUGCUAUCCAAGCUCUCAAGGCUCAGAACAUUCCACAUGACAGAUACGUCAUCUUGAUUGAGGGUUCAGAGGAGAGUGGAAGCAUUCACUUGCCACAGUACAUUGACAAGUUUGAAAAAGAGAUUGGUGAGCCCAACCUCGUUGUCUGUCUCGACUCUGGCUGUGGAAACUACGACCAACUCUGGAUGACUGCCAGUCUUCGUGGUGUCCUCACUGGAGAUCUCACCAUCAAGGUGUUGGAGCAAGCCAGUCACUCUGGUUCAGCAUCCGGUAUCUGCCCAUCAUCAUUCCGUGUACUUCGUCAGGUAUUGGACCGUAUUGAGGACAACAGCACUGGUGAGAUUCUGUUGAAGGACUUGCACGUUGAGAUCCCAGGCUACCGUGUCGAGGAGACCAAGACCUGCGCAGAGAUCCUCGGUGACACUGUCUACACUGAGUUCUUCUGGGAGGGCAAGACCCAGCCAGUCUCCAAGGACAUUGUCAAGCUCCUCAUCAACAAGACCUGGAAGCCAACAAUGUGUGUCACUGGAGUCGAUGGUAUCCCAGCACUGACCAGCGCCGGUAACGUCAUGAGAACCAAGACCUCUGUCAAGCUCUCUUUCCGUAUGCCACCAAGCCUCGACGGACAGGCCGCUGGCAAGGCCAUCAAGGAGGCCCUCGAGAAGGACCCACCCUACGGAGCCACCGUCACCUUUAAGAUUGACAAGUCUGCCAACGGAUGGGAUGCCCCAGCCCUCGACCAAUGGCUCUUGACCUCUCUUGGUGAGGCUUCCAACCAUUUCUUUGGAAAGCCACACGUCUUCUUUGGAGAGGGUGGAACGAUCCCAUUCAUGGGUAUGCUUGGUGCCAAGUUCCCAAAGGCUCAAUUCAUCAUCACAGGUCUCCUUGGUCCACAGUCCAAUGCUCACGGACCAAAUGAGUUCUUGGACAUUGAGUAUGGCAAGAAGCUCUUGGGCUGUGUCGUCUAUCUCUUGGAGGCUCAUGCUAGAAAUGCCUAA